AUGCGCAGACAACCUCUUUUCUCUAUCUCAUCUCAACUUUUUGAUUAUGAAGAUGUUGCAAUGGAUCAGAAGAUAUCUGCUUUUCGUUGUUUAUCAUUGAUGCGUUCUAUCGUCUCGUUUGAACUCGAUGAUAACUGUAUCUUACCAAAACUGCUCACUUUCGAUGAAUCGUUUUUUCCUCAGUCACCUCAUCUUACUCAUCUUCGUAUCACAUUAUGGAGUUUUGAUGACUGUAUACGUUUACUUAGUCAAUUAGGAUUGCAACUUCGUUAUUUUGUAGUAAAUCUUGUAUUUAUAUGUAUACGCGAAUAUGAUACUAUUCCUCAAAUGGCAUUAAUCCGUUGUCCUAAUUUGAAAGAAUUGACAAUAACAAACUAUCGUAAUACUCCUCAAUAUGACCAAUGUAUUUUACCUCUUUUACAACGUUUGUUAACUGUCGAAUAUUUGACAUUAUUCUUGGCUAUUGGUGUAGGCAGAUGUGCACCGAAUCAUUUUAUUGAUGGAUUUUAUUUAGAUAGUGAUAUUAUUUCAUAUUUACCUUAUUUACGUGAAUUUCAUUUUCAUAUUCGUUCAGUAUUACCAAACACACACUCAAAUGCGGAUACUAUUCGUCAAAGUGUACGUCGUCAACAACAAUCUGUUGAUUGUAUACUUGAUUAUUUCAACAAUAAUUAUGGUCAAUGUCAAAUUUAUUCACUUCCAUUUAUUGGUACUCGACUUGAUUUUAUUUCAAACCGAUUUCCAAUUUUCGAUGAUAAGAAUACAUUUUCAAAUGUGACUACAUUAUUACUUUUCGAUGAUGUACAACCGUUUGAAGAUACAUUUUUUAGAGUUAUUGCUCGAGCUUUACCUUAUCUCAAAUCACUUGAAGUAAUUAAUCGACUUCAACAACAAGAGAAAACAAAGACAAUAACAAACUUCAUUGAAUUUACUCAUUUAGUUACACUUAUUUUAUCCGAUAUACAUACAGAUUAUGCUGAACAACUUCUUUAUCGAACUCAUCUUCCACAUCUUGUAGAACUAUUUAUCCACUAUGAACCAUUAUUAGCAAUAGUUACUGAAGAUCAACAGCAAGCUAGAGUUAAUUGUUCAAAAAUUGAAUUAAUUCGAAUUCUGGAAUCACCUGAUGGUGAUGAUUUAGAAUAUAUUCUUAAUUUUUUUCCAAAUCGAUUUUGUAAAACGACAAAGAAAAAAUAA